AUGAAGCAGCUCUUUGGCCGCGCGACCGCCGUGGCUGCGCAGGCCGACGCGCAGCUCUGGGCGAUGGCGGAGUGUGGAGUCGUGUCGGAUCGGCAGGACGAUGCGCAGCUCUGGCUCGAGUCGGUGCUGCUCGCAGUGAGCGGCGAGAGCCCGGCGGCGAGGCCACCUGUGAGCGACGAGAGCCCGGCGGCGAGGCCACCUGUGAGCGACGAGAGCCCGGCGGCGAGGCCACCUGUGAGCGGCGAGAGCCCGGCGGCGAGGCCACCUGUGAGCGGCGAGAGCCCGGCGGCGAGGCCACCUGUGAGCGGCGAGAGCCCGGCGGCGAGGCCACCUGUGAGCGACGAGAGCCCGGCGGCGAGGCCACCUGUGAGCGACGAGAGCCCGGCGGCGAGGCCACCUGUGAGCGGCGAGAGCCCGGCGGCGAGGCCACCUGUGAGCGGCGAGAGCCCGGCGGCGAGGCCACCUGUGAGCGGCGAGAGCCCGGCGGCGAGGCCACCUGUGAGCGACGAGAGCCCGGCGGCGAGGCCACCUGUGAGCGACGAGCUUGGCAGCGAGGCCGCCUACUCGGGACAGCUGCGCGCGCAGCUGCCCGCCGCCACCGCCGAGGCGGCCGCCGCGCUGUGGCGGUGCGUGCAGCCGCUGCUGCAGGCGACGCUGCUCGCCACUCCGUCACUCACGCCCGAGGCGGUCCGCAUGUUGGCGGCGCUGCGCGGCGUGCGCACCCAGCUGGAGGGGAUGGGCGUGCAGGCCGAGAGCUUCGAGCCGAGAUUGCCCGAGAUUGCCCGAGAUUGCCCGAGAGUGCAGGUCAAGAUGGGCCUCGAGCCGAUCUUCACGACGUGGCUUGCGCACGCGGCGUCGCGCUGGCAGAGCGCCGCCGCCACGACCGCCGCCGCCGCCACGAGCAGCGAGGAGGCGGGCGGCGGGUUCGGCUUGCCGGAGGCCGGGCCACCGGAGGGCGGCGGCGUCGACGGCGGCGCGGGAGAGGCGGACGAGCUGGAGGGCGGGGAGGAGGCGGAGGAGGAGGAGGAGGCGGAGGCGGUGGAGGCGGAGGUGGAGGUGGAGGAGGUGGAGGAGGAGGCGGAGGUGGAGGAGGCGGAGGCGGUGGAGGCGGAGGUGGAGGCGGAGGAGGAGGAGGUGGAGGAGGAGGAGCUGGAGGCGGGUGGCUCGGCAAGCGAGGCGUCUCUUCUUGCGGUGCUCCGCCCGCUCGAGGACCGGGUGAGGAGGGAGGGGAGUCUGCUCUUCGACGCCGCGGGCCUUUGGGAAUCCGCCAGCCUGGUCGAAUCCCUCCUCUCCGGGGUGGGCAGGGAGGCGCUCCGCGAGGCUGGGCCCGUCGAGACGAUCGGCGACGCGACUUCGGCGCUGCGGCCGCUUCUCCGCUCGGCACGGCUGGCGCUCGCUUCUUCGGCAGACGCGCCGCUCGCGGCGGAGGCGAUCGUCACCGCGCUCUUGCUGCGGUACGCCGAGCUGGCGGCGGAGAUCGGGCGCGCCGACGCCGCCGACGAGGCGGAGCCUCCUCCUCUCGCGGGCUCCGCGCCGUAG